AUGGGCUCUCAGAUCAAGAAUCUAGACGACCUCAAAGAGCAUCUCACUCAUGAUAAACUUGACGAGCUACGGAGUUUCUGGUUUGAGCAUAUCCCCGAGGAGGCCAACCGUAUCAUCGCUCCUGGAGAACUGCAAAAGAGAUGGUUCUUCUCAGACAAAGAGUUUGACAAUGUCUGCGUCACUCGAUUCAGCCCUGUACUAGAAGCCAUCCGUAACGCAGGAGUUACAUCCGCGCAAGAGCUUCUGUCCGUUGCCAAGCCUCGGAACUCGCUAGACUGGUUGAGUCUCAUCAUUCUGCUCGACCAAAUCCCACGCAACUCAUAUCGUGGGGACAAGUCAUCAAUCUGCUUCACUUACUUCGACCCUAUCGCGCAGCAAGUAUCCCUCGAAGCCAUCAAGCAGGACAUCCCAGAUAAGGCACCCGAGAUCCGCUGGGUCUUCUCCCACCGCAACUGGUUCUACAUGCCCUUGAUGCACUCAGAAGAUAUAUCUGCGCACGAAAAGGCUGUCGCUGCUUUUGAGCAGAUGAACCAGGAUAUACUGAGCUUGAUGGAGGGAACAGGCGGUGCAGAUGAGUACGAGAGGAAAGCAAGAGAAGUAGUGCAGGCGGAUCCUGAAGCAGCAAAGGCAGUUGGUAAGACGAAUAAAGUAUUCGAGGAGAAGCAUAUAGUGAUUAUCAAGAGGUUUGGGAGAUAUCCACAUAGAAACAAGGCGCUUGGGAGGGAGGCGACGCCAGCCGAGGUGGAGUUUCUUGAGAGUGGAGGUGAUACAUUUGGUAGCUGA